GAUUAGUUAGUGGUCGUCGUGUCGCAGUUUUAAGCUGACUUUUAUUCCUCUGUUUCUCGCGAUUUCGCGUCCUCUUCGGCAGGGUCGCACUUUCCAGCCGCAGUUCGUGUGAGAUUUGCAGCUGCACCUCAGCAGGAGACAUUUUGCACAAAUACUUUAGACUGUUGCAGAUUGUGAAGCAGAACUAAACGUGAAAGGUUUUCUCGUGACAUCGUGGUGGUCAGCAGAAGUGACAAAUUUAUAUCUGUUGUCAAGCGUAUUGGUGAAACAUAGUGUGGAUAUACUUCAAUAAGAAUUGAAAAGUGCUUUUAAUGCAAGUAAAAAUUUGACCGCGUAAAGUCAGUUUGUGGAGCAAUAUCAAUUUUGAAUAAAACAGAAAUAAGGGAAAAACAGUCAGUACUUUGCAUUUCUGGAUUAACAUUUGCAACGAAUAACAAGCAUCGAACAUUUCAAAGAGUGUCCAUCCCCGACUCGACAACGACAACACGACUCAACGAAGCAGCAGUAGAAGCACAGCAGACUUGCCGUGAAGAGAGCGAGAUAUUCAGCGCAGCUUUAUCAGUCGUCGUCGGACAUCGCCGUGGUUAUUGUUGUUGGGAGUCACCGGUGACCUUCCUAUAACCGAGUGUUGAUCGUUUCAUAAGGUUCCAAAAGGUUGUACGAGAAAGAAGAAACUACAGAAGAGAAGAUUGUGCCAAAUUGAGAUAAGUGUUGAUCGAAGAAAUUCUCAGAAUUGUGGAUGAAAAUAGCACGGUUGUUGUCAACAGUCAAGUCAGUGAAGGCCAUAAAAAUCUACCGAGAAGAAGCAAGAUCGGCAAGAUCAUCAAACCAAACGUGAAGAAUCGUCAGCGAGUGAGUUGAAGAAGAAACGGAAACAGUCUAGUCAAACCGCAGUCAGUGUGUUCAAAAGAAUCCGAAGUUCGGCCGAAACCAAGUCAAGUCUCGCGGAGAAGAAUUUGAUUAGUGAAUUAGGUCAAGGAGAAGACCUGAUCGUAGCGAGCAGCAGCAGACGCAUCAGUAUCGACUCAACACAGUGCCACAAUUUAGUGCCGAUUAAGCCGAGUAUAAAUACUUAAAUAUAAAAGUAGCAGCAGCAGCACCAACAAACAACUUGAUACAAAGCCAACAACCGAGCGGUGCAUCAAAUCAACAAAAACAGUGCAAAGUGCUCCCAGGAAGAACUCGUCGUUGAGGAAAAUUGAGAAAAAUACGCGUUGCGAAGAACGAAGAAUUUAGUGAGUGUUUUAGCGAAGAAUUUUGUGGUGCAUUUUGUGUAGAAUCGACCAAGCCACCCAAAAGUGUUCAAAGUCGCGUGUUUGCGGCUUUUGUUGUUAUUUGCCGUUGAUAGUAGCUCUCGGAGUAGUGUGUGAAACUGGUUGAUCGCGGUCCCACCAACUCAUCAACGAGUCACUCGGUCCGAUAGUGGUGUCGGGCUUGUGUUGUGUGCAACACAAUACGUUUUCAAUUAAAAAAAAAUUGAGUGCCGCCUCUCGCCCAGCCUCGGUCAACCCGCGGGAAAGGGUGUCGUCGAAGUCAAAGUCGCUGUUGGAACUCAUCGAGCAUCGAGCAAUCGACGAAUCGCCGGGGGAACCCAAUAAAAUAUUGUUAAAAACAGCCCACCGAUUUCAGUGCGUUUUUCACGCUCCUUCACGUUACACCGCGUCGGGGAGUGUCGCUUUUGGGAAACGAUAUAUUUAUUUUUAUGCCACCCGCCAGGGUUCGCACCGGCCAAGAUAGUGUGGAUGCGCGUGUGUUUUGACGGGCUGUGCUUCGCGUCACGGCGGCACCCGGCCGCGGCCGCGGUCGAGCAGGAGACGCAGACGGUCCUGUGCGGCGCAACCGCACUCGACGGGCCGGCCCUCGCGCGCCUCCUCCGCUACGCAAACUUUGCCGCCCCGACCAACGGGCUGGGCGUCGGUUUCGCGGCGUCGCCGCCGUCGUCGGCAGUUGCUUGCUACGGUUCCGCGGGAAAAGACCUCGAUCCGAACGUCGUCAAGUCGUCUCAAGUCUCGGUCGCCGCCGCCAAGUCGCCGUCAAGUGUCGUCGCGUCAACCCGGUCCGCGCCGGACAACACGAUGAACGAAAACAACAACGUCGAUUCCAGCAACGUCAACCAGCAACAGCAGAAUGAUACCUUCAACAACAACCUGGCCGCAGCCGGGGCCACAAUCGCCGCCGGGACGGUUCCGGAACCGUUCGGCGUGGCGAGCCUCAAACAGAUGGUGCUACUGCAGGGCGACCUGCAGCAAAACCUGUACAUCAACGAUCCGGCCACGCUCGCUCUAACGCCGCGCGAGCAGGAACUCCUCAAAGUGAUCCAGGCCCGGGACAUCCGAAUCCGCGAGCUGGAGGAUUGUCUCCGGCUGAAGCACGAUGAGGUCGCCGAGUUGCGAAGCCAUCUGGACAAGUUCCAGAGUGUGUUCAGGUCCAGUGGGGGAGCGACCGGGGCGUCCCCCGGCGGGAGGAAGUUGGGAACCGGUGGGGGAGCUCAGCGGCAGCGUGCGCAGGGUAUUUCCGCCGAACCGCAGCGGGACAUUUCGGUGCUGGAGCUGAUGCACGUGGCGUUCCCGAAGUACGACAAGGAGGACAGAUCCCGCGAAAUCAUCAAAUCCGCCAUCCUGGACAAUGACUUCAUGAAGAACCUGGAGAUGACGCAGAUCCGCGAGAUCGUGGACUGCAUGUACCCGGUACAGUACGGCGCCGGCAGCUUGAUCAUCAAGGAGGGCGAUGUGGGCAGCAUAGUCUACGUUAUGGAAGAGGGCCGCGUCGAGGUGUCCCGCGAGGGCAAGUACCUGUCGACGCUGUCCGGGGCCAAGGUGCUCGGCGAGCUGGCCAUCCUGUACCACUGCCAGCGGACGGCGACCAUCACCGCGGCCACCGACUGCAAGCUGUGGGCCGUCGAGCGGCAAUGCUUCCAGACGAUCAUGAUGCGCACCGGGCUGAUCCGCCAGGCCGAGUACUCCGACUUCCUCAAGAGCGUUCCCAUCUUCAAGAACCUGCCGGAGGACACGCUGUGCAAGAUUUCCGACGUCCUGGAGGAGUGCUACUACCAGAAGGGCGACUACAUCAUCCGGCAGGGCGCCCGCGGCGACACGUUCUUCAUCAUCUCCAAGGGCCAAGUCCGUGUCACCAUCCGCCAGGACACCACCCACGAGGAAAAGUUCAUCCGCACUCUGGGCAAGGGCGACUUUUUCGGCGAGAAAGCACUGCAAGGUGAUGAUCUUCGAACGGCCAACAUCAUCUGUGACUCGCCGGAGGGCGUGACCUGUCUGGUCAUCGAUCGGGACACGUUCAACCAGCUGAUCUCGAACCUGGACGAGAUAAAGAACCGCUACAAUGACGACGCCGUCAGCGAGAGAAAGAAGAUCUACGAGGAGUUCCGCGACGUACGGCUGUCCGACCUGCGCGUGAUUGCAACCCUCGGCGUGGGCGGCUUCGGCCGUGUCGAGUUGGUCCAGCUGGCCCAGGAAAAGGCGCGAUCGUUUGCGCUGAAGCAGAUGAAAAAGUCCCAGAUCGUGGAAACCCGCCAGCAGCAGCACAUCAUGUCCGAGAAGGAGAUCAUGAGCGAGGCCAACAGUGACUUCAUCGUGAAGCUGUUCAAGACGUUCAAGGACCGCAAGUAUCUGUACAUGCUGAUGGAGAGCUGCCUCGGCGGCGAGCUGUGGACGAUCCUGCGCGAUCGGGGCCACUUUGACGACGGGACGACGCGCUUCUACACGGCGUGCGUGGUCGAGGCGUUCGACUAUCUGCACUCGCGCAACAUCAUCUACCGCGAUCUGAAGCCGGAGAACCUGCUGCUCGACGUGUCCGGCUACGUCAAGCUGGUGGACUUUGGCUUCGCCAAGAAGCUGCAGUCUGGGCGAAAAACCUGGACCUUCUGCGGCACGCCCGAGUACGUCGCACCGGAAGUGAUUCUCAACCGAGGCCAUGACAUCAGUGCCGACUACUGGUCGCUGGGAGUGCUGAUGUUCGAGCUGCUCACAGGCACCCCUCCGUUCACCGGCGCCGACCCGAUGCGCACGUACAACAUCAUCCUGAAGGGCAUCGACGCGAUCGAGUUCCCGCGCAACAUCACCCGGAACGCGAGCGCCCUCAUCAAGAAGCUGUGCCGGGACAACCCGACGGAGCGGCUCGGCUACCAGCGCGGUGGCAUCAGCGAAAUUCAGAAGCACAAGUGGUUCGACGGGUUCUACUGGGAGGGCCUCCGGAACCGUACCCUUCCGCCGCCGAUCCUGCCCAAGGUGCAGAGCGUCGUCGACACGGCCAACUUUGACGACUACCCGGCCGAUCCGGACGGUCCACCGCCGGACGAUCUGUCCGGGUGGGACGAGGAGUUUUAGGAUAACACACAGAACCAUGCAGGCAGCAACGGCGGAUUUCCUCCCUAACAAAAAAAAGGAGUUUCUUCAUAAAGUUUCAUUUUAAGGACAAGUUCGAAGGGGUCAGGGCUGGCCUGCCUUGUGCUAAUCCUUUGCAACGCUAGAUUUUAGCCUGUGAAUGUUCCGUGGGCAACGUUAAUUCGAAUAUUUUAAAAAAGCGUCGCGCUAAAUAACUAGAAACAGCAAAAAUCGCCACUAAUGCAAAAUGGAGAAAGGUGAGAGAAAAGGUGUCCCUCCCUCCCGCUUGGAAGGUCCAGCAAAUAGGGGGGGAGGGGGUCGAGUGAGACAGCUGCGUGAGAGAUCAGAAUGUCUUCCUAAUCGUAUAGAGAGAAAGAAAGUUUUUAAACCAUUUUAUUAAGCUACACUAUUUAUCCUCCUACAUAGAAACAGACGAAGAAGACGAAAAUCAGUGAAACCUACACUUGUAUCCGUGCUAUAUUUUAAUCUGUUGUUUUUUUGUCUACCACUUAGCGAGAAGAAGAAGAAGAAGACGAGAAUUGUAAUUUCACUAAACCCAACCAAUCUUAAAACAAGGAAAAAACAUUAACAAUGGCGCUAAAAAGGAAAACACACAAGUUUAAAACUAAUCGCCAAUCUUGCUUCCGUGCUUCUCUCGAUUCACCGUUUUAUUGUUUCUUGCCCAAUGUAAAAAAAAAAACAGAAAGAAAGAACAAAUCCACUUUUUUGUUAUUGUGUAAUUUGACCCGUUUUUGUAAAAAUGUAUAUAAUUAGCGAUGCAUAACAGUAAAGGAGAAGGAAAAUUCAUGAAAGAAAAAAAAAACUUGGAUGCAAAUCAAAGAAGGUGCGUGUGCGCGAGCGGACAAGCGAGUAAAAAUCCAUUAACUAUUUUUAGCUGAUUGUGAAUCAGAAAGAAAUGAAGGUAACAAGAAUAAAACGUAAACACAUUCUCAAGCGAAA